GAUGUGUGUUUGAAUGUGAUAAAAUGGGGAUUUUUGAUAAGUUGGCGGGCAUGUUCCGCGUGCGCAAGGAGGAAGUGAAUAUCCUGGUUGUGGGACUCAAUAAUAGUGGCAAAUCUACCAUCGUUAAUCACUUGAAGCAUCCCGAUGAAAAGUCCACCGUCACAGUUCCAACAGUUGGUUUCAGUGUGGAAAAAUUUCAGAAUCAGGGCGUCUCGUUUACAGCAUUCGAUAUGUCUGGAGCAGGACGAUAUAGGAGUUUGUGGGAGCACCACUUCAAGUCAUGUCACGCAAUUGUCUUCGUCAUUGACUCUAGCGAUAGGAUGAGGCUAGUUGUCGUGAAGGAUGAACUGGACAUUCUCACUCAUCACCCUGAUAUUGCUCAUCGAAAGGUUCCCAUCCUGUUCUUCGCAAACAAAAUGGACUGUCCUGACGCUCUUUCCAGCGUGAAAAUAGCGGCAGCCCUAGGAUUGGAGAAGAUCAAGGACAAACCGUGGCACAUCAGUUCCAGCAACGCUCUCACGGGAGAAGGGCUUCAAGACGGCGUGCAGUGGCUCGUUAGUGAAAUCCGGGAUGGAUUAUUGAACAGGAGAGGCAGCCAGAAGGCUCUUCGAUGAGAAUCUUCGUGAGAAUAUUGCCCUGAAUUAUUUUAUGCAAUU